AUGAGACCUAUCUGCAUUCAACUUCAUGGAGAAGGCUCUUGGAGAUCUUUACCCAAGAAUGCAGGAUUGCUGAGGUGUGGGAAGAGUUGCAGACUGAGGUGGAUAAAUUAUCUGAGGGCUGACUUGAAGAGAGGGAACAUCACUGCUGAGGAGGAAGAAACCAUUGUUAAGUUACACAUUGCUUUGGGUAAUAGGUGGUGUUUUGCUGCUUUAGAUAGAGCUGUUUGGUGGUUGUUUUUGGUUCUGUUAAGCAAGAGGUGCGUUUCUAUGUUGAAAUUCCAAUUUAUUGUUUAGGUUCUGUCAAUAGAGCAUAGUAAUUAGCUAAUGGCAUCAAUUGACAAUUGGUUGGGAUAAAUUUGAACUAAUUGCUAUGGUUGUACAGCUGUAAAUAAAGCCAAGUAAUUCUUAUGUGGUUUGAACCAA